AAUUAUACGAACGACUAGUCCUAGAUCGGACGGUCAAGAAAGCCCUUUCAAAUUUUUCUCAAAAACCCUAGUAGUUCUACUCGCCCAUUUCCUCUCUCCAUUCCUACUCCACCCGCCUCCCUGGUUCUCCGUCGGAAAAACCCUAGCCCAAAAUGCCGUUCAAGCGUUACGUGGAGGUCGGGAGGGUUGCCCUGGUGAACUACGGCAACGAAUACGGGAAGCUUGUCGUCAUUGUCGACGUCAUCGACCAGAACCGAGCUCUUGUGGAUGCCCCUGACAUGGUGAGAUGCCAAAUGAAUUUCAAGAGGCUCUCUCUAACUGACAUCACUAUUGACAUCAAAAGGGCCCCAAAGAAGAAGACGCUGAUUGCAGCGAUGGAGGCUGGAGAUGUUAAGAACAAGUGGGAGAACAGCUCCUGGGGCAGAAAGCUGAUUGUGCAGAAAAGAAGGGCAGCUCUCAACGAUUUUGAUAGGUUCAAGCUUAUGUUGGCAAAAAUCAAGAGGGGUGGACUGAUCCGACAAGAGCUUGCCAAGCUUAAAAAACAGAAUGCAUCUUGAGCAUUAUUUUUAUAUGCAACAGCAAUUUUGUUAUGAACUUUUGCAAGUUAUCCUGGUUGGGAGUUUUUUUUUUUUUUUUAUCUUUUUUCUUUUUGCUUGUUGGUUGGGAGUUUGAUGUUAGUUUCUUUUAGGGAUAAGUUCAGGUUUGGAUAAAAAAAGAAGUUCAGAUGUUGUAUGAGACUCCAGAAUCAAAUUUGUUGUUCUCUGGAAAA